AUGGAUCAGAAGGCUCUUGUGAUUGCGUACAUGGACACCUCUGAAGGGAGACGAAUUUUACUGAGCCUCCCAAAGAAAUCGGCGGAGGAACUUGGGCAUGGUUUUCCACGUGGGGCGGUCAACGUGGCUGAGGAGAAUAACGAGCAACUUACUGCCUGCCGCGAAUUGAAGGAAGAAACUGGCUACACGGGUAAAAUCUUAAACAUCAAGGAGAGUUGGACAGAACAGCACCCAAGAAAUGCAUAUGACAUAAAAUUUACUGCUUUUCUUGCACACAUUGAGGAGGGAGCAACGCCUGUAGAUGAAAAGGACACAAAGGAUCGCAAGAACGUUUGGGUGAAAGAAUAUGAGGUCUCAAAAAAGGUUUCCAGAAGACAGACUUCAUUGACAGCCUGGGAAAAGCUUUCCAAAAGGCUUCCCAGUCAUAUGAAGUGA